AUGACAGGGAAGGAGGGAGUUGUGCUCUCAGACUCUGAGAAUAAACAGAAAUCCGCCUCACAAACCAGCGUGCACCACGGGGGACCCCAUCAGCAGCCGCCUCCGGUCUGGAAGAUGGCCCCCACGGUGCACCGGCGCACCGGCUUCGGGAUCCAGGAGCUGCUCGGCCUCAACAAGGAGCCGCCGGCGGCCCCGCGGCGGCCGCUGGAGGCUCUGCCGCACACCGCGCACGUCCUGGCCGCCAGGUCGGCCCUCGGACACGGGGGUCUCGGGGUCGGGAUGGGUCUGCUGGGACCGGAGGGAAUACACUCGUUUUACAGCCAGCCUGCGUUUCUGGAGGUGCUGGCCGAGGCGCAGAAUGUGCACCUGCAGCCGCUGCACAGAGCAGCGCACAUGGACGCGCAGAUGGAUGCGCAACACUCCGCCAGCUCCGAUUCUGACGACAUGAGUCUGUCCUCCGGUGAUCAGAAGUUUUCUAAAUCAUCACUGAGUCAGAGCAAGAAACGAAAGAAAAGACGACACAGAACCAUUUUCACCUCCUAUCAGCUGGAGGAGCUGGAGAAAGCUUUUAAUGAAGCCCACUAUCCAGAUGUGUACGCCCGAGAAAUGCUCUCCAUGAAGACUGAGCUCCCAGAGGACAGAAUACAGGUGUGGUUUCAGAACCGCAGGGCCAAGUGGAGGAAGCGGGAGAAGUGUUGGGGUCGCAGCAGCGUGAUGGCGGAGUACGGCCUGUACGGAGCCAUGGUCCGCCACUCCAUCCCACUGCCAGAGUCCAUCCUAAAGUCCGCCAAGGAGGGCGUCACAGACUCGUACGCUCCGUGGUUAUUAGGUAUGCACAAGAAGUCAGUUGAAACUCCAGGAAAACCCAGCAGCAUGACACCUCCUCCACCACAAACAACAACAAUAACAGCACAGGAGAAACCAGCGGACAGAGUGAUGGAGGAAGAGACGGAGAAAAGAAUGACGGACACUACUCACGUACCGAUUUCUAAAGAGGAAUUGAGGGAGAACAGUAUCGCCGCACUGCGAGCGAAGGCGCAGGAGCACAGUGCCAAGGUGCUCGGGACAGUUUCUGACAGAACAAACGUGACACAUAAAGAGGAAGCUGAGGACAAAGUGACGGAGCAGGAGACAGCAGAGGUGGAGAGGAGCGACUGAGGAUACAGACUGAUGGUGGAAACACCUGCAGAGUGGAGUUUGUGAUGCAGAAGUUGUAUUGGUUGAGUUGAACUUUGGGGAACGUGGAGUCACCCAUAAACUGAACUUCAAACCUGCAGAUUAAAUAUUACAAUCAAAGAUAAACUAUUACUGACUUCUGCUCUAAAAAAAGUUCUUCAGCUGCAGUUAUUGUGGUUUAUUAACUCAACCAAUGAGAUUAUUUCUUCCUCACUGCUCUGAAAUAUUUGUACAGUCAAUCCAAACCACACACACACCUGUAAAAGUCAACUGAAGGAAACAUAGAAAUGUUUCCCAACAUUUACUGCAGAUGUUCUGAUAUGAAGCUGCGUUCAAACACAUAUUUAUUUUCUUUAAAAUAGAUUGUUGACCUUACAGUCCCGUGACAUGGCAGCUACUUUUAUGCAACAAUGAGAAUCGACAUGAUUUUGGAAGAAAGUUUCCGUUCAACAAGAAACUGAGUCUACCUGCUGCAGAGGUGCUAACGAGGAGAUGAAUGUGACCUCUGACCUCCCUGUGAUUUCAGUUGAGUGACUGAAGAGCACACCGUUGGUAUUAAGUCCUGUGAAAAUAUUACAAUAUAAGAAUAAAUCUUUGUUUUUUUUCCCAGAUAUUGCAACAUUUGUGAUGUACAUACUAAAAAAUAUUGUCCAAUAACAAUGUAACACUGUACUGUUAUGUACAGUCAUCAUUAAUCUGUGUUUGUCUCUGUAUAAAUGUAAGUGUAGCAUAUUAAAAGUUACUGAUAUUUAAAGCCCCCCUCUGUUAAAUGUGCUUUGCUUAUUGUUUUUUACUUGGAUGCUUGAGCUUAAAUGAUAUAUUAAGACGUAUUUAUCAUUACCUGUGUACCUGAACAUUUUUAUCGAUGUUGCAAUAUGCUUUGCGAUAUAUUCUCAUCGGCUACUUUAUUAGGUACACCUGUUAAACGCAAAUGGCUAAUCAGCCAAUCAAAAAAGGUGAUUUAAGUGACUUUGAACAUAUGCAAACUGCUGAUUUACUAGGAUUUUCACACGCAACCAUCUCUAGAUUUUUACAGAGAAUGGUCUGAAACAGACAAAAUAUCCAGUGUUGAUGUCAGAGGUCAGA